UUUCUCGAAGAGCUCCAAAGCUCUGUCGGGUAUGAAAACAUUAUUAUGAUUUUUGGAAUGGAUAGUGACUCAUAAAAUGAAUGCUUUCAAGAUGAGCGGUGUUACAUUUCUCUUAACUUUCCACUGCAUAGUUUUUGCCUUGAAAAACCAAGUGUGCUGUGCAAGCACCGUAGAGGGGAAACUAUUAAACAAUAUCAUGAAAGACUAUAACAAGAAAGCUCGCCCUGUGAUCAAUGAAACAGAUGUGGUGCACAUUUCUAUGGACAUCGCACUGCCGCAGUUGAUGAAAGUGGAUGAAAAACAAGAAGUAAUCACCACAAACGUAUGGGUAAGGCAGUUCUGGAAUGAUCCGAGAUUCUCCUGGAACAAAGCUGAGUAUGGAAACAUUUCACAGAUCAUCAUCAACCCUGAGAAAGCUUGGUUACCAGAUGUUGUGUUAUUAAACAGUGCUGAAGUGAUGUCAGAUGGGCGUAGCACCGCAGCUCGCCUGGUCGUGAAGCAUGAUGGUAAUGUAUCGAGGUUGAACCCAGUAAUUAUCACAAGUUCUUGCGAAAUUGACAUCACCUUCUUCCCAUUGGAUGACCAAACUUGUGAGCUCAGAUUUGGUUCGUGGUCGUACAGCAGUGAAUUCUUGGAUGUUUAUCCCCGGAGAGAUGGUGCGGAUCUAAGUUCGUACGUCGAAAAUGGUGAAUGGAUUCUUCUCGGCGUAAAAUCAGAACGCAGACUUUUAACGUACGAUUGCUGUGAUGGGGAAUUCCCGGAUGUGACGUAUCAUGUGCAGAUACGCAGACGCACACUAUUUUAUAUGAUGAAUUUCAUUUUGCCAUGCGUACUGAUUGCAGUCCUAACUCUUCUUGUGUUCUUGCUACCGCCGGAGUCUGGGGAGAGAAUGUCUUUUGGAGUCACAGUCUUGCUGUCUUUUACCAUUCUGCUGUUGAUGUUGAUGGCAAAGCUUCCUUCCACCUCCAAAGUCACCCCACUAAUUGCUGUCUAUUAUGCGUGCACUAUCAUUGAAGUGUCAGCAGCGAUGGGAAUGGCUUGCCUCAUGCUUCGUUUUUACCAUCCCGACAAUUCCUCGGCCCCAAUUCCCGACUGGAUCAGGGUCUGUGUCCUUAACUACUGCGCACGCCUGGUGCGUUUAAGCACAUCUGCUGGACGCGUCCGACAAGCGCAGAUCGUCCAGGAGUGGCGACAAGUAAGGCUGCGUGAAAACCGGGGCAAGGAGCAAACGAACAUGACGAUUCUGACAGACAACAUCUUCAAGAAAGAAGAAGAAGACGCCAUGAGGGAGGAAUGGAGGAUGGCAGCCAUGAUUAUUAAUCGCCUCUUUGCUUGGAUCUAUCUCAUCACCAUCAUUAUAACACUGGCAGCCGUGCUGCUCAAGUCACCGCGAUUCAGGAAAGGGGAAUUGUAACCAGAUUAAACUACGUAUCUUACGAUAAGUCUUUAGUGACCAAAGAUACUUAAAAUCACGUCAAAUGACUUUCGAAAGCCUGAUAAAAUCUGAAAAAUUGUUACCAAUUUAGCUGCACGAUAAUUUCGACCUUUAAACAUCUCAGUGAUUCCAAGGUAAUUCGUAACAACUUUAACCACUUGACGGAAAUAUCUAUGUAAUUGCAAUUUUAUUCUCGAUUAAAAAAAAUAAACCCAAGCAGAAUAAAAAUAGUAGAAGUACUAUAGCCGACUUUUCCAGACUAGUAGAGAACUGAUGAAAUGCUAAUGCAGCAUUGAAGGCAGCAUGGUCGGCUGAAGGCAGCAUGGUCGAUUGGUCAGCGUCUCGGACCACAGGCAGCCCAAG